CUUCAGUAGCGCAAGUGAGGUAGACGCAGAGCUGAGCAGCUGUUAGGGGGUUAUUAUUUUUUUUUUUUGGCGUUUACGUUACAGGAGGAUUUGUGGGAACCCUCGGUUGGAUUAUCCUCGUUAUAAGACAAGAUGAAAGCUGUUUCGCUUACCCUUCUCUACCUGGGUUCGGUGUUCUUCGGAGUAGAUGCAACCAAGCUGGAUAUUGCAUCAAACUUCAAAAGGAAGUGGACCACAAAGUUGCUGAGCCGAGUCAGGCGGGACCUGCCAGCUCAAGUGGCUGCUGAAAGCUUCCAUUGGAACCUGCCAAAGCAAGCGACUGAUCCAAGGGUGCAUUCUUUCAUCCGCACCCAGGAUGUGAAAGACAUCCUGCAACAGCCCAGCUUGGAGAGCAGACGCAUCCGUGUGAAGAGAGAACCGGCUUGCAAGUUGUCAAUAUGUGUCACUCAGGACUUAGUCAAGCGGCUCAACCAAUGGACUGACAGUUCCAAGGACCUCUCUGCUCCUCCCAAGAAGCUCACCAAAUCAGGCUAUGGGCGCAGGCGGCGCUCUUUUGCUUUCUUGGUCCAAGGGUAGGAGUUCACGGCCAGUUUGAUUGAGUUGGAGUCCACUUUGAUGCAAAUCUAUGUGCUCCCAAACUUGGAGAGGAUAAAAAGAGUUGCUGCAGCCCCCUGAUGGUGAAAAGGGGGAACGGGCAAAUGCCCUCCAAGGACUCAGGCUUUAGGCUACGGCAGGAACAGGUGACCAAAUUUUGCAUCCCUCCCUAAGUAUCUUGUGGAAUAAAGACUGGAUGGAAGCUGCAGAGGCACUCUUUCGUCAAGUUAGGUGGUGAUGGUGCUGCUGGUGGCUGGCUCUUCUCUACUUCGGGGUGACUGCCCUCCCUUUUCCCCCCACAUGGCAUGGAAUUGGCAGGUCCUUCUCUCAGGAGGGGCGUCUUGAUACUUGAAUGAUCUGGCCUGGCAAAGUGCAAUGGACUAUAUAAUGUGUGUGAGGCGAUUUCUGCCUGCGAAUCGAGUAAGGAUGAGUGAGCGAGUGAUUGCCGAUGAGAGAAAUCAAUCCUAUUUAAACAAGUGGUGUUCUGUUCUUGUAUUCUUUUUAAUGACAGAGAUAUUUUUAUAUUAUAUGUAUAGACAUAGAUUAUAUUGCUUAUGGGCAUUAUUUUUUUAAUUCCCAAAAUUUUGUUUCCAACUUUUAGUUUUCAUCGGUGGGAUCACCUGCUGUAAAACAGUUUUAGGGGAGGAAAAUUCU